AUGACAAAGCCCCUCACAUUGGAUACAUUUCAGAGGCCUCAGAGUCAGUUGGGAGUUUGUCAAUCCGCUAAGAUUGUUUUUUCACAUACCUCGCCAAAGCACAGCCUCUCGAAGAGCCUCCAACGUCAAUCGAAGAAGUGCGAGAAGGAAGAGAAAGCCGAGAAACUCAAAGUCAAGAAAGCGAUCGAGAAAGGAAACAUGGACGGCGCUCGAAUCUACGCCGAAAACGCCAUCCGCAAGCGCAACGAGCAGAUGAAUUACCUCCGCCUCGCCUCUCGCCUCGACGCCGUCGUCGCCAGGCUCGACACUCAGGCCAAGAUGACCACCAUCAGCAAGUCCAUGGGCAAACUCAAGUCCUUGGAAUCCUCCCUCACCACCGGCAAUUUGCAGAAGAUGUCUGAGACCAUGGACCAGUUCGAGAAACAGUUCGUCAAUAUGGAGGUUCAGGCUGAGUUUAUGGAGAGUUCCAUGGCUGGCAGUACUUCUCUUUCCACUCCCGAGGGUGAAGUUAACAGCUUGAUGCAGCAAGUCGCCGAUGAUUUCACGUGAUUUGAGUAGCCAUGAGGGUGGCCUUUUGAUAAAGCUGUUGCCAUUAUAAUCUUUUAUAAUAUAUAAUCUUAACCCACAGAUUCACACACUGGUUUUUUAAAUCGUUUUUUUUUUUUUUUUUUUAUCUUUUCUUUUUGAACAUUCCACCACCGCCCUCAACACCUUUCCUUUACCUUUUGCACCCCACUUUACCUUUAUUUAUUUUAUUUUAUCUUCCCUUUUUCUUUUCAAAAAAAAAAAAAAAAA